AUUCAGAUUAAGUAUGGCUACAAAUGGAUGCAUAAAACGAGAAGGAUAUUGCGUCUCAUUCAGCGCUGAUAAAUUAUCCCGGGUUGACCACCCGUCGCUAGUCUUAGUUAUCUAAGUUUUUAAUAAUACAAAUCUGCGGUCCAUGGAGUUUUCAGGUGCGCCUGUGCCAUUGUUAGAUGAAAAUGAUCCGCCUUCCUCGGCUUCAAAUGAUUUAGCUUCAUUUCGCCAACAUUGGAUACAAGAGUUACAAGACAACUUGAGGAUUCGCUCUCGAGAUGCAAGUGCUUCUAGCAGUGUACACGAUUCAUCUCAGGCGGAACGGAAAACUCUGGCAAGAUCGCUUUACCAAAUUGGUAUCUCAGAAGAGCGAGCUGGAAACCCUUUUAAAGCGGUUAAUUUUUAUGCAAGGGCGUGUAGAAUGUGCCCUGACAUCGAACAAGAGUUCCUUAAGUUCCACGAUUCUUCCAAGAGCUCAGAUACGGCUACACCAGCUGCUGAAGAGGAAGAGGAUUCUCAAGGAUCCAGCUUCUUAAGUUCUUUCGCAGGCAUCAAAUUGUCAAGUGACUCGGAGACUCCAGACGAAGGCAAUCUAUUGGCAAUUUGUCUGCCUGGAGACAAUUUUGAUAGCUCGAGAACGCACAUAUCUAAAUUGCCUUACGAAAUAAUGCUGUUGAUUCUGAGAAGUGUGGCCUUUCCUGAUUUUGACAUGAAAUCCGUCGAGUACUUUGGGAUGGUCUGCAAAGGGUUCCGUCAUAUCGCCAGAGAUGCUGACGUAUGGAGAAGAGCUUGCCUCAGAGUUUGGGGCGAUGCAAUUCCUGGCGAGUUCACUAACCUCUCGUGGAGAGAGAUGUACCUGAGAAGACCGAGGCUGAAUUUUCAUGGAGUAUAUAUAAGCAAAGUUGUAUAUACGCGGCAAGGCGAACAGAGCUUCGAGAGUUGUUAUAAUAUCUUUCACACUCUGGAGUACUACAGAUAUUUGAGGUUUUUUCCUGAUGGACUAGCCCUAAUGUACACCUCACCCGAGGAGCCUAAAUUGGUAGUCCCAAAGCUUAAAUAUGCAUCUUGCCGUCUCUCAGGCAUUAAAAGAGGCCAUUUCAACUUGGAGGAGAACAGCGUGAUUCUCAUUCUUCAGGACGACGAAAGAAAUCAUUCAGCCAGACAUGCCAGACCAUCCCGCAAUCGGACAGUGGAGCCGUUCUACGAAAACAAUUUCUUCAUGACUCUCUCUAUCUCAGCUGCGGGGCGCAAGAAACCUAGUUGUAAGCUGUCAUGGGUGUCCUAUUCUGUCCAGACAAAGAAAAUAUUUCCACUGACGCUGGCUAACGGGAGAACGAAGCUAGAUGAAUUCGGCAAUGUGUUUCCAGCCGAUGUUGAGCUGGGAAAAAUAACAGAUUUCAAUAUAAACAACAAGUCUCAGUUCCAACCCUUCCUAUUCUCCCUUGUUCGCAGCUACACCGCUGUUCCAACCUUGUAAAACUCAAAAAAACUGAUACCAGAUAUAAAUCUUCAUCCACGGUCUUGAAAAGAACAAGUUGCUAUUGCAGCUGCAACUACAGAUCAUAUGUCUGCAUAGUUGCGGCGUGGUGUUUAUUUGGAUUAAACUGCAAAUUAUAAUAUAUAUAUAUAUAAACCGAGUUUAACUAAUUAGUAAUUACGUUUAGAUUUAAAAAAUAGAUAAUAUAAUAUUCCGUAUCUGGCGGAUGGAUAAUACGGGUAUACUGUCGUCUACUGUUAUGCGAGCUGUUCAAUUGGUAAUGUUAUUUAGCACUACUGGCUAUCAAUUGUAUUUAGAUUGGAUUCAUUAUUUAGAUAUGUCUCGAGCGGUAAAGACCUAUCUUGCUUUAAAGGAUGCUGGUUCCGAUUCCUAGCUUCUGAUAUUUCGCAAGUCGAUCGGGGCAAGUAAGAGCAUGAUUGGAAUAGUUUAUUAAGUUGAUCUCUAUUCAAUUGAUUCGUAGCUCGGUAUAAAUCUCCAAUGAUUGGUAUUAAUUACCAUCAAUGUUUACAUAGUUAAAUAAAUAUAUGAUGCAGCUCUAUUUUAACAUCAAGGUGAAUUAUGUAAUCUAUUCGGUUCAGAUGGUUAAUUAGAAUGAAUGACAUCAUGAAGGGAUGAUGUCACACAACCUCACAAGAAGAAGUCUUCCCGGGUGGUUGAAGUGUUUCAUCAGAUACAUUUACAAUAAUUCACAUAAUAAUUUAAGACUGCUUUGAUUAAGAAUAUGUACAAGUAUCAAUAUGGUAUGGGUCUAUCAAAAGUUAUAUCGCAAUAAUUUAAUAAACUCAUAAUAUUAGAAGCACAGUUUAUUAAUUCAAUUUAUAAAACGAGAGAAGAUAAAUUAUUUUAAACUUAAAUGGGAGAUAAUUUUUAAGCAAGCCACCUUGAGUCGGGGUAUGGGAGUUAAAGUGAUAGAUGAUAAGGAUAAAUUAAUGAUAUCAUGAUGUAUUCAGUUGUCAACUGUAACUAAAUUUCCACGGCAAGAACUGUCGUGUGGAGUAGCUGAAUAGUUUUGGUCGUCGUUUCGUUUUAAUUUUUGAUAUCGCUGUCUUCGUUCGUUGUUGCCUUUCAUUCUUUUUGUGCUCGUUUGAUGCUGAAGUCUUUUUGAUAUGAGGCGGUGUGGUUCCAAUCGUUGCCUCAUAGAUUGUGAAUUGAUUAUCAACAACUUAACAGUGAUAUGU